GGGCCAACAAGUGAUAUCUAUAAUAAUCUAUUACAUCUAUAAUUUUUUUUUUCUUUUAUAACAAAGUUAAUUUUAUUUUUAAAACAGUAAUAUUUAUACAAAGUUUAUAAAGCUUGUCUUCAAUUUUGCGGAAGCAAACUCUAGGUAAAGAAAAAAAUUUAUAUGGAAGCAAACUCUAGGUAAAGGAACAAUAGAUGGGUAAACCCAAGCCAAAGAAAGAUAAACCAUUGCUAGCUUGCAAAGUUGUAGUUUUAGAAGAUGUCAAUCAAUUAGCUAAAAAAUAUAGAGGGAAAUUCCAAUUAACUCUGAAAACAAUUAAAAAAAAAGGUUAUGAAAAUUGCAUUGAUCCAGCCCAAAACAUGCUGUUAGUUCAAUGGGAGACUCUUCUCAAUAAAAUAUGUCAUGAAGAUCCAGUUAUUGCUGUUGAAAACUUUGUCGAUAAUGAAGGUCCACCAGAUAAUUUUACUUAUGUUAGACAAAACAUUACUCAUGGAUUAGCUAAUGAUUUACUUGAUCCUAAUUUUUUAGCUGGUUGUGAAUGUUUUCCGCGAUGCUCUCAAAAUACUUGUUCUUGUCCCAAAAAUAGUGGACAUAAGUUUGCAUAUGAUAGAAACAAAAGAGUUUUACUUCCUCCACAAUCUCCAAUUUAUGAAUGCAAUAAACGAUGCAAGUGUGGUGAUGAUUGUCCAAACCGAGUCUUACAAAAAGGAUUAACAGUUAGGGUUUGCAUAUUUAGAACUGAUAAUGGCAGAGGGUGGGGUUUAAAGACAAGAGAAUUCAUUCCCAAAGAUAUGUUUGUGGUUGAGUAUGUUGGCGAAGUAAUCACAAGUGAUGAUGCAGAAAGAAGAGGAAAGCUAUAUGAUGAACGCCAGCAAACUUAUUUAUUUGACUUAGAUUUUAAUGGAGAUCCAACAUUUACUAUAGAUGCUCAUGAAUAUGGAAAUGUUUCACAUUUUAUCAAUCAUUCCUGCGAUCCGAAUCUUCGUGUUUUUACAGUAUGGGUGGAUACCCUUGAUCCUCGUCUACCUCGUUUGGGGUUAUUUGCUCUUCGCGACAUAAAACAGGGAGAAGAGUUAACAUUCGAUUACACUUGUGGACAAAAGGAGUCAAAAACAUCUAACGAAAUUAAAAUGUACUGUGCUUGCGGCGCACCUAAUUGUAGAAAAUAUUUGUUUUAAAUUUG